AGGAGGUUGUCAGGGAGGCUGACAUCAGAGAUCCCGUCCCUAUAGAUUAUUGUACAGUGGCAGGAUCUGUUCCUCAUCUGCAAAUGAGACAAGAGGGCACCCAGAGGAAACCCUGAGGGCACUUUGCAUCAUUGACCCAGGUUGCCUAGCACCGCUGGGACUGGGGAGGGAGGGCCGAUUGGCUUCGGGUUUGCAUUUUCCCAGGGUGGCCUGUUGGAGAGCCAAACAGUGCUGAGAACUGAGCCGGGGAGGAGAGAGGCAGAGGCGAUGGCUGGCGACGCGUCGGAGCUUGAACUCCCCUUCGUCCAGGACGUCCAGCUCACCAAGUGCAUGCGGCUGCGGGCGCAGAGCCUCCAGCAGAGGAACGAACGGCCGCAGGAUGGCGAGAAGCUGCUGCGGCCCAACGAGUACAUCUACCGGGUGGAUUUCGUCCGGCAGCACAACCUGCACUUCCUGCGCUGGAAGAUCCAGAUGGAGAAAGCAGGGAAGUUAAUCGUGACGGGCACCUCCCAGCACUGGACACCUGACCUCACCAACCUCAUGAACAGGCAGCUGCUGGAGCCGGUGGGCAUCUUUUGGAAGAAGCCAGGGACCAAGGAAAUGGAGUGUAACGAGGCAGAUGCCCAGGAGUUUGGGGAGAGGCUGAUGGAGCUGGCCAAGAUCCGCAAGGUGAUGUACUUCCUCCUCUCCUUCACCGAUGGCCUCGACCCAGCCCACCUCAAGUGCUCCGUAGUGUUCAAAGCCUGAUCUGUACCUGGGCAGAUCCCUCACCUCUUGCCCCCAACCGUGUCUCUCUUCAUGUUUCUUUCUCUUCGCUUCGAUUCAGUGAUUGGUCAUUUCUUUUAAAGGGACAGCACCACAAAAUUUGCCCUGUUGAUUUGCAGCCGGCAGUCAUGGUUUGAGAAUAGCCAAGUGACUAUAACGCUGCCCCGGCUGCCCUCCACUGUCCCGGGAGACUUUCCCCAACAGGUUGUGUCUUGUGGCUGAAUGGAUGGAGAGGACGGUUGCUUUAGUAGCCUAGAACGCAGUAUUGCACGCUAGUUAAUUCAGCUGUGCAAGGCGAGCUGUUUGACUGGCAGCCUGCUGAGAUGGGGCCGAGCUGGCUUGGAAGCUGUGGGGCUGCCUUGAUCAAACCCGACCAACUGCCUUACAUAGACGUUAAGGUUCCAGUGGAAAUAUCAAGGAUCUCUACCGCACAUCGUCGUGUGGCGUAAGGGAGGUGACGCAGACCAGCGCUUUGAUCUCCACUCUCAAGGCCAUCAUUUUCAAAAGUGUCUGGAGCUGUGGAGCCCAGCACCUCUGAAAAUUAUGCCCCAGGGAGUCUCGAGGUGCCCCUCAUGCCCUCACCUAAUGCAUCGGAAAUCAAGGGCCACUUCUGCAAAUUUCAGGCCUGCUGGUCAAACCCCAGUGAGGACUUCAGGCUUUGGGCCGAUGUUAGUGUCAGCAGCUCAUCUGUUCCCUGCUGCACAGCGAGUAACUCUCACGGUGCAUUUGCCUUGCUGUGGUACAAAUUGAACUCAGGGACAAUGUGCUGCCUGGGGAUGUUAGGUAUUGAAAACAGUUGGAAGGUCAAUCUGCUACAGGGUGCCGAGCUAGGAAAGUUAUAGGGGCAGAGCAAAGGUUUCUGAGCAGAGUUUAACUCUUUGUAGCUCUGAGCCAGAUGCGAGUCUUCUGCAGCGCUCUUCCUUUGUAGAGUACAGUACAGGUAUGUGAUCUCUCCAAGCUCACAUAGAAAUAUAUUGAUUAUUAAUGAUUUACCUAGGGUUGUAAGCUUGCCCAGUGCUUUACAAGCGAUAGAAUAAAACUUCCCUCGCAUCAAAGAGCUUACAACCUAAGGGACUGUUACUGCUAACACUUCCUGCCCUGCAUAGAGCUUUGUAGGGGGUGUCGCCACAUGCACCGUGGUCUGGUGUAUAGGCUACAUGGGUGGAAGCUGGAGACCUGGAUUCUCUUCACAGUACUACCAUUUUGCGGCUUGAUGUGUGAAUUUGGACAAGUCACUGAACUGCUCCGUGCCUCAGUUUCCCCUCUGUGAAAGAGGUGAUGAUAUGGACCCUAUUUUGUAAAGCAGUUUAAGAGCCACAGAUGAAAAGUGCAAUGGAAAUGCUAAGUACAUGCUACUCUUUGUCUUAUGGUCCUGAACAGGAUUACACCUGAGAGUGUUUGUAGGAAUAAGCACUGGUUGUUCCGGAGGUAUAUAUUACGUCAUUGCAUGAAAAACAAACCCACCUCAGCUCGGUUCUCAAGCUUUGAUCUCACCCACAGUUCAUCCUUAUUUUUAUAGCUGAUCUAUACAAGCGUCCCCGUGCAGGGGAUGGGGAAAGCUCAUUUCUUUGCCAAAGAGAGACUGAACUGCAAGGCGACUGUGGAAGCGGCUGGUGUGGCAGCCACUGCGUACACAGCAGUGGUGUGGGGCAGGAAGGCAGGCAAAUGUGCCGGAGAGUCACGCAAGCUGGUGAGACAACAUCAGACACGUGCGGAAGAGAGCUCCCUUAACUGCGGUACCAGGGUAACACGGGUCUCUCCAGGAGAAAAUAACAACAUGGCAGGUGCAUUCUUCUGUGCUGUCACUUUUAUUUGUUCGCUCUCUCUCUUUGUUUAGAGCCGUUCCCUGAAGAAAUGAGACACCCGGUGAUCAGGAGUAGAAGUUUUUCCUAUUCCCUUUUGUCACAAAAUGUAGCAACUUUGGGCCAGAUUUUGCUCUGGGAUUUUAACAGCAACCUUCCACUGAAACCCACCCACACACAUCCCAGAGCAUAGUUUGGCUCCUGGCCUGAAAUGCCACAUGGCCCAGUCAGACUGUCCCAGCUCUAGCCAUUACCGAAAUUGCUGUUACGAGUCGUCAGGACACUUUAAUGGUAAUUCAUUGCUUGUGUCUCACCGCCUGUGUCGAGUUCAUGCUGCGCUUAUCCUGCUGGGUAUGUAUUUGUGUACAAUGGAAAAUAAAAGCCCUUGAGGAAUGAGGUUGGAUGUGUCUCCCUCUGACCUAAAAUGCCCUGGUCUUGCACACAAUAAAGGAGAACCCAUCAAUCUUCACCCCGUGAUUUUUAGGUGUCUUCUCCCAUACACACACACUGCAAAGCUUAAGCUCUGUAAAACGUAAUAACUUUGUUCCUGGAGUGAGCUGCAUAGCUGGAUAUUUAGCUCCACAUGUAGCUUUCGAGUGAGAGAGAGAAUGUUCGGAUUCCUCGGUGUAUCUCAGAUCCACAUCACACGUAAGUCGGUUUUGGGGAUGGGAUGUUAGCCAAUCUCCAGGCCCCUGGAGCAGUACCA